AUGAGGGAGAGCAUAUACUGGCGGCCUACAAGGCCGUCAAUGCCCGGUGGUGUUUCUCGCUUCUUGCUGUUGCUGCAGGCGCAUCAUCUGUUGAUGAUGCUGUCGCUUUCAUGGUGGGAGGGAGGACCCCUGGCCCCUCUCUCUGCAUCGGCUCAUAUUCAUGUUGCCCCUGAGUACUUCCAUCGUUGCGACUCAAUACAGUCUUCAGCAGUAAUGCUGACCGGGGGAGCCUGGCUGCUGCAGGGGCUGGGCGCCUCCUCUCCGCUUUGCAGGGGCCGCCUGGGGACCUUCUUGGGCUGCGGGGUGUACACACAGAUGAUGCAUCAAUCGGGCAUAGAACGCCGAAGGCUAGAGGCCCUCGAAGAAGGCAGCAAGCCCGAUUCCGAACCCCAACUGACGGCAUUCUUUCAGAAGCUUUUCGGAUGGGGGGGACCUGACGACCAUGCGGGAAAGGGCAGUGAAGCAGAUGCUGCACCAGCUGCAGCAACGGAACACUUCAGCAAGAGGGGCACCGGAGGCCCGCGCAUUGUCAAGGUGCGCAAGGGGGCCCCGCAGGCCAAGGGGUGGAGGCAGCACGCGGGAAUCGCAGUUCCACAGCCCCCCACCACAAAAGAGCAGCAGCAGCAGGAGAAACAGCAGCCUCGACAGGAAGAGGGUGUCUUUUCUUUUUUCUGGCAGUUCGUGAAUUCCGUUGCUUCGAGCUCUUCUUUAGUUGCUGCUACAGAGUUGGGGGAUCGAACAUUCUUCCUGGCGGCGUUGUUGGCUCUGCGCUACAGUCGGUUGCUGGUGUUUGGCGCUACAUGCGCUGCUUUAUUUUUGGCAUCAGCAGUUUCUUCUGCUGCGGGCUACUGCCUGCAGCACGCUGCUUCUAUCCCUCUAAUUCCCUCCCCCAUCAGGGCUCUUCUGCGGGGAGGCGCAAUCGUGGGGUUCGCCUCCGCUGCUGCGCUGCUGCUGUUCGGCCUUUGGCACCUUUAUAAGGCCAGGGCAGCCCUACUUGCUCACAGGACGCCCCUCAGGGGCUCGUCCUCCCAUAGGGUCUCCCUGCAAGGCCCUUCGCAGCGGGUACCCCAGGGGGCCCUUGACUCGCCAGGAGUGCCCCUUGAGGCUGUGCCGCCUACAACAGCUGCUGCAGAAGGGAUCAUCUCAGCAGAAGAGAGAUGCAGCGGCGGCAGCAGGGAAGAGACGAGCACCUUCACCCCGGGAGCCCCCAAGGGAGGGGGCCCUGACGACGCCUCUGUUUCCACGCGACUCUCACCGGCUGACGACUUUGGAGAGGGGGAGGAAAUAUGCGAACAGCUGGAAGAAGCGCAAGAAGACGUUGAUAGACUCUUUGUAGGGAAGGACAGUGCUGCUGCCGCUACCUGUGCCGUUGCUGCUUUCCCUUCUGUCGAGGUGUUGCGCGGGGUGAACGAGAGUCUUUCUUUUCUGAGGAAUGCUGCCCCUGCUGAUGCUGCCGCUGCUGUUGCUCAGUACACGCGUUUGGGGUUGGCACCGGAGUCUUGGUCGGUGUUACGGGAGGUAUUUUUUGUGAUCCUUGUGGCGGAGUGGGGUGACAAGUCGAUGUUCACCACCGUCUCCCUUGCCGCUGCACAGAACGCCUGGGGAGUCUUCGUUGGAAGUUGUAUAGGACACGCGUUAGUGACUGCAGCAGGGGUGAUGGGGGGAUUGCUGCUGCAGCGGUGGGUGAACGAAUUCACUCUCAACCUCGCAGCGGGCAUCAUUAUGAUUGCCGUCGGCAUUGGAACUGCUUUGGACGCAGCGCUAUAG